AAAUAAACACUCUCACACAUUCAUACAACUUUCCACAGACCACAGAUCCGAUUCUUCAAAGAUGACUAUUAUGGAAGUUCAAGUUGUGUCCAAGAAGAUGGUGAAGCCAUCAGUGCCAACUCCUGAUCACCUCAGGACUUGCAAACUGUCCUUCUUCGAUCAGAUCGCUCCUCCUGACCACGUUCCGAUUAUUUACUUCUACAGCGCCAGCAACAUCGACAACAUUCGGGAGAAAUUGGAAAAAUCAUUGUCGAAAACUCUGACUCAGUUCUAUCCAUUAGCCGGAAGAUUUGUUCUAGACGGUUUUUACGUUGACUGCAAUGACGAAGGAGUCUUGUACAUAGAAGCUGAAGUUAGUUCUCCGCUGGAUAGAUUUAUUGGCGAAGCGGCGAAAAAUAUGAAGCGAAUAAAUGAUCUUGUUCCGAGAAAAAACUUCGGGAAAACUAACGAUUAUACUACUCCGGUUACGGGGUUACAAGUGAGUUAUUUCAAGUGUGGUGGAAUUGCAAUAUGCAUGCAUCUUUCACAUGUUGUAGCUGAUGGAUACACAGCUGCUGCUUUCAUCAAGGAAUGGGCUAGUUCUACAACUGGCCUAAUUCGCGGUGAUCAGGUGAUUUCUUCGUCUGCAAUAAGCUUCGACUUCGCGUCUCUUUUCCCUGCUAGAGAUUUGUCCAUGGCAAUCAAGCCACCUCAACUCCCUUUGUCCAAGAGAAGGGACCUCAAGAUUGUGUCAAAGAGGUUUCUGUUCAAUGAAAAUGCAAUAUCAAGCUUGAAGGCCAAUGUCAACAAAUCCGAAAACAUUAACCGGCCUACACGUGUAGAAGUUGUGACAUCGGUUAUCUGGAAGGCUCUGAUCAGGAUCUCCAAGCUUCCUCAUUCCACCCUUUACCUCCACCUCAGCCUCCGCGGAAGAACAGGAAUCAUCACUCCAGAGCUAAACAACCCUUCUCUUUGCGGGAACUUUUACCUUCAGGUUCCCGCAAAGUUCAAGGGGGAAAACGAGACAAAACAUGAGGUCGAAUUGCAUGAGUUGGUGAAGUCGUUUAGGGGUAGUUUACGUAGCACUCUCAAAAAUUGUUCCCAAAUUUCGAGUCCCGAUGAAUUAUUCUCGGAGGCAGCUAACAAUGUGAAUGAAGUGCAUGAGGACAUGGGAAGCGAAGAAGUUCAUGUUCGGCUCCUGACAUCCAUGUGUAGGAUGCCGGUUUACGAAACUGAUUUCGGGUGGGGAAAGCCCGAAUGGGUCACGAUUCCGGAAAUGACACUGGAGAUAGUGUUCCUAUUGGACACAAAAUGUGGAACUGGUAUAGAGGCAAUGGUGAGCUUGGAUGAAGCGGAGAUGCUUCAGUUUGAACUUGAUCCCACCAUCCUUGCUUUCACUUCAUAGAUGAGAUUGAUGUAAACGUGAAUCACAUGUAUGUGUGCUUUGUUGCUUGAUUUAAUAUAUAAACGAUGAUCCUUUUUUCGUUCA